CAGCCAUGUUGGAUUUGUGGAAGUGAAGUGUGUUAGAUUAGAUGAGCGUUUUCUUCAUUCGACGCUGGAUUAUUGCUUUUGCUGUUGCAUUGGGAGUUAUUUUAAUCAUAUCUUUAUCAUUUAGAAAGUCAGCUGAUGACCAAGACUUAGGGGAGUCUACCUUGAAGAGUUUUACCUGGAUUGACAUUGAAAAUCUCACUGAAUACAGACAAUGUAGAAACUCAGUCCAAGGAGCGUCUUUAAUAGUUGAUGACAGAGGGUUUGUUUGUCAAAGAAAAGACCUCUCAGCCAGUGGAUGUUGUCAUAGCCAUGGAGAAAGCACAAAACGUUUCUUCUGUGAGAGUUGCCUCAUAAACAAUUGCUGUGGUAUAUAUGAGGAUUGUGUGUCAUGUUGUCUUGAUCCAAAGAAGAAAACCUUGUUACUGGAAGGUCUUAACUUAUGGAGAAGUGGCACAAAUGUGAUAUUCAAAACUGUUAAGGAUCAGUUUGAACUGUGUUUGACAAAGUGCCGAACAUCUUCAAAGAGUGUUUGGCAUGAAAACAGCUACAAGGACAGGAAAUUCAAGCACUGCUUUGGUAUAACAUCACCAGAGUUUUCACCAUAACUGAAUGUUACCUUGAGCUUUGAUUUCAAGACUAUUUUYGCAAAGUGUAUAUGUCAUAACAUAUAAUAAUCAUUGAAAAUA